GGCCGUCAACCAGUCUUUUGACAAUUUUUAGACUAUGGCAGACUGGUGACGUCCACCAUCCCAGCAAAAAGUAGCAAACGGGCCUUGCGCAGAGGAUCCUCGCGGCCACAAUUUUUAAAUUAUCUUUGUUAUAAAUUCAAAUUUCUACGAAAAUAUCAUUGCCUACUAUCAAACACACAUUUAUUUAUGUCAUUAUGCCAAAAAAAACAUGUUCAGAUACCAUAAUGCACUUACAUGCAUUGAUUGUAUCCAUUAAUCUGUAAAUCUAGGACAAAUCUGACAGGUUGUGUACAUGUAUGAAACGGGGUAGAGGAUUUCGAAUAUUUUGGUCGUUAAUAGGCUCGGUUAAAUAACACUAUUAAAAUGCAACCAUUUCAAUGCGCUGAACGCUAACGUGUUUGAUGGGUCAAGUUGGGAGAAGUUGAUGAUGAUGAUGUUCGUGAUGAUGAUGAUGAUGAUGAUGAUGAUGAUGAUGAUGAUGAUUAGGUAUCACCAUUUUUGAACACUGUUGCGUUGCUCUGCACAAUACAUAGAAAAGGGAGGAUAACUGUGACUGCGCACAGGGUUAACCAUCAUUGACGGAUGGGUACAAAUUUAUUCGAUAAAAAUCAACAUGUAUAUAAAAUGGUGGACUCCUACGCUCAUUUCGUGACCCAGAGUAUAUUUAUGUGAAAAUAACGACUCUAACGACAAAUCCAACCCAGUUAAGAUCACUGUUAGAAAAAUUCUACAUUAUUUUUAACUUUUGAUUUACUAAACAGUACUGGGCAGUUGCCUAAUUUCGGAUUUGCCUAAAUAUUCGGAAAUCGUUUAAAAAGCAUUUCGGCGACAGUGAUCAAUAUAGAAUGAUCACAAUCUAUGCAACAGACCGCCAUAGCAACAGAAACAACGCAACAGUGCAGCUAUAUCAGUAUGUCUUACCAAUACAAGAGUUCAUACAGUAAUGAUGACAUGGACCUGGCGGUGUCUGCCGUUCGCAGAAAGGAGAUGAAAUUAAAGGAGGCAUCAUUGCAAUAUGGGGUGCCAAAGUCAAGCUCCACGACCAUGUUAUGGCAAAGGAUGAUAAAGUGUUAAGCAGUAGAGGGAGGAACCCGAACUUUGCGAUGACGACGAAAGGGCUCUUGUUCAAGGUUCAGCACAAAGAGUGAACAUGAUCACCGGGCCUACCAGUAAAUGGUUUAAAGGCUUCUUGAACCGCCACGGGCUGAGCAACAGAACUGCAGAAGGCAUUAACGCCGCCCGAGCGUCAAUGUCCACCGAGGCUGUCUUGAAUGAGUUCUUUGAUUUUUAUGAGGCAGUGGUGGACAAGUAUGACAUAAGGAACAAGUCCGAGCAGAUCUUUAACUGCGAUGAAACGGGUUGGACGGGGAAAGAAAAAUCUACAUCAAAGGUUAUUGCGCCCAAGAACGGACAUGUAUUCAAAAAGAAAAUAGUACCAAGUGGACACAUAACCGCACACGUUUGUGUCAGUGGCAGUGGUCGUUUUAUGCCUUCGCUGGUGAUAUUUCAAGAUUGCGUUCCACAUCGUAAAAUCGAGGAUGUUCCUGAGUCAUGGUUGUUUUCGGCUAGUGACUCCGGCUUCUUGAAGACAGAUAUUUUCCAUCAGUGGUUCGUGAAGUGCUUCAUUCCCCACUGUGGGAAAGCAAGAUCCGUGCUGCUAACCAUGGAUAAUCAUGGCAGUCAUGUUUCUAUCACUAUCAAGGCUGCCCUGGACAGACAACACACAUCCUUCAGCCUUUAGAUGUUAAGGUAUUCGGGCCACUUAAGUCGCGAUUUGUGACCGUGUGUAGCCAUCUUGGGUACUCUUGCUCAGGUGUAACCUUGGGGAAAUCAAAGUUUCCUGCAGUAUUACGACAUGCCAUAGAACAGGCGACACCAGCUUCGGUUCAGCGAGCUUUUUAAGUUACUGGUCUGUUACCUGUUAACCGUGAGGCGAUAGACAAAUCCCAGCUGAUUGAACCAAUGUUCGCAACCACAGGCGAAACCAGUGAAACACAAACUAACGUGGCAGGGGAAACAUGCCCGACAUGUGGGAAUCACACCACUAAUCCUUUGGUGACAAAAGGCCUGAUCCCAGAGAGGUUAGCGAAGAUCCUUGUUCCACCACCUGUCAAGCCACUAGGGGAUAUGCCAAUAAAACGUUGUGACGUAACGUUCACUGGUGAUACAUCUGACAAAAUUAGACAACCGUAUUGUAAUGUAAUACUUGUAGACUUGUUGUUAUUUUUGGGACCCUGGCAUGUUGUAUACCAUUGGACACAGCAAAAAAAUGCGCUUUAAUGUGUCAAUGCAUUGCCAGAAAUAUAUUUUGAUUUCAAUUAUGCAAAUCAUAUUUAGUGUUUGGAUGACGCUAAUUUUAACGUGUCACAGCGUCACAACAACAGGAUCAUUUUUCAUUAUAAUUUUAUUCCUCUACAAUAUUUACGCGGGAAAAUGCAAACGACAAAAUUUUGUAGCAGACGUUACCGACGUCAUUUCCGGUCUUACUGGUUGUUUUUUUCGAUGCGGUCGCACGCAUGUCGCAUUUGCCAGCAGGGUAAAAAGCACAGAUGCCAAGAUGUCACAUUUGAAAUAGGCGGCACGAGCUAACGAAUUUGAUACAGAAGAACUAGUAUAUACGUAUGACAAUGGGUAAGUUCGUUUGCACACCUCUAAAAUAGACAUUUGUGUCGAAAAUUCCACAAUUAUUUUUGUACUUUAAUAUCUUUAUAAUCAAACUAUUAUAGUUUUUGUUUCUAAUUUACAGACGUCCGCUAACGUCGUUUGUAUGGUUAUGCUCUAAACGGUUGAAUAUUAUUUUAUUAUCUACGCCUUUUUAUGAUAAGCAUUAACAAAAUAAUUUUCAAUAUUGAAACCGUGAAUCAUUCCGUUUCAAGCCUAUUGUUUCUUUGUUCUAUUAUUUGAAGAAACACCUUCAUAAAUCAUGGUGUUGUUAAACACACCUAAAUGUCCGCUCUAGAUUUAUGCGACGUUUGAAUAUCGAAAAACGGAUAAACUUGGCGUAUUUGUAAUCUAACCAGUUAAGUUAUAAGUUUAAAAAUUAGAUAUUGUGAUUGUAAUUUUAAGUAGGAUUAUCGUGAUAUAUUUAUUUUGUAUAACAUAACGCUAACUAUUGAAUGACAAUUCAAAACGCAUGUCGCAAAACGGUACGAAAACGUUCAAAUUAAUGACAAUGUACGAAGGCAGAGCUAAAUCUAAGUCAUAUUUCAUAUGAACAUUCAAUAGGAAUAUUAUUUGAUUUUGUACCGUAAUUUUGUAAAUUUAUUUAGGAAUUAAAUUGCCAAUUAUCAGCCGUUUUCAACAGAAAGUGAGUGUUUAACAUAACAAAUACUGUGUCGCACUGGCUCGAAUUUGCCCAAAUUUUAUGGGAUAAUAACGUAACGUCACACUGCGUCAAUACAACGUGUCUUAAUAAUUAUGGAUACGAACAGUAGGCUUAUCAUAUAAAUAGCAUCGUUAUCUAUGUGCGUGAUUAAAUCACUAAAAGGAUCAUUGUAUAAUUUGUUUCAGAUUUCGACAAACCACCGGCGUUUGCGAGUAACUCGGAAAGAACACAAUGGUAUAAGCAGAAAAAGCACUUAAAAAGCAAUUGAGACGCAAACAUCAACAAGAAUUAUCAAAAAAGAAACAACAUAAACUUCAACAACAUAUUGUGAAAGAUGCAAGUAACAUCAUGGGCUACUCUGAACGACAUCAAAGACGAAUACGCAAGGCGAUUGAUGCUGAGGAACGGAGAAUCAAAGCAAGGGAGAGAAAAAGAAAAGAACGUUUGAGAAAGAAUAUGGCGACCCAAGAAGCUGCAGACGGCCAGAUAACCAUGUUCAGUCAUAGAAUGGAAAAGAAAAGAGCCAUUGAGAAACUACAGGAUGCAUUGCCAUGUACGCCCAUAAAGCGAUGUGCAACUGUCGCCGCCUAUUUAGAUCACCAUAAAUCUCCAACAGUGCAAUGUCUGAAGGCACAAAAUAUUGUGACAUCAUUGAAAGAAAGAAAAGACAAUGAAUUAGGGACGCAAGUUCUUGAUAAUCUUUAUGAUGCAAUUUCAAGAUCAAAAAUCAAACGUUCUGAUGAAAAACGUGCUGAAAUGCACACUAUCAUUGCGUCUGUGAGUGGUGAAAAUAUUAGCCAGUCAAAAGCAAAAACAAAUUUGGCGAAGCGCUUAGGAGUAAGCGUCAGAAGAAUUUCAGGUGGUCAACGCUUACGUGGGAAAGUAUUGACUUCUGACAAAUCUUGCUGGUUUUACACGAAAAAGAAGACAAGAUCGGACAAAAUUAGUCAUGAAAACAAGAAACUCAUUUAUGAAUUCUGGAUGUCACCCGGCAUAUCGAGACCAACAGGAAAUAAGCAAGAUGUCAAAAGGCAUAGAACUGGUCCAAAGUGUUACUUAUCCCACCCCAUUCAUACACUGGAAAAGACACAAACCGAUGUUUAUGAAGAGUUUUUACAAACUCAUCCAAGUUCAAUUUCUCAACGUGCAUUCAAAAAGCUUACACCAUUUUUUGUGAAGCCUGUAAGGCCUAAAGAUAAAACAACAUGUUGUUGCAGGUACCACAUUGAAUUUAACCAUGCAUUUAAAAAAUGUAUGCAGUUCAGAAAAAUGACUUAUACAAACUGUGAACAGUUAAACGGUGGAUAUCCGGUUUUCGAACGCAGUGCUGACAUGAUUGCAAGAACACUCUGUGAACAGCCCGGAAAGGCCUGUCUGGAUAGAAAGUGUGUUGAGUGUGGCGUUCCACAAUAUCUGUUCUCGCCAAACGAGAUGGACGAAAGUGAGCAGGCUCCUGAGAUCGAGUGGGAGCGCUACGAAUAUCAAACAGUUAAAAGUAAAUCAAAUGUGUUAAAUCGGAAGCUUAUUCUUGUCAAGAAAACUACUAAAGUUGGUUCAUUGUUUAAGCACAUGCUUGAGCUUCUGAAGUCAUACCCUCGUCAUCAAUUUAAUUCAGAAUGGCAGAACAAGCAGGCAAAGUUUAUAAUGGAACACAUACCAGAAGGCGACGUGAUAGCAAUACAUGACUUUUCCGAAAACUAUCGAUGCACAACGCAAAAAGAAAUUCAAAGCACUUACUUUCAAAAAACGGAAGUGACAAUUCAUGUAACUAUAUUACACAGGCAUCAUGUGCAGGACGGAAAAUUGGAUCUGGAUCGAAAAAUUCAAGAACAGUUUUUCGUUAUAUCACCAGAUUUGAAACAUGAUCACCACUUCACAUAUUACGUCCAGCAAUCCGUAAUACUUGAAAAGUAUUAACUAUCCUUUAAAGACAGUGCAUGAAUUUACUGACGGAUGUGCUUCCCAAUAUAAAAGCCGCCAUUGUUUCGGCAGUUUAAACAUUGCCACCAAGGAACUUGGUGUUCCCUUUAUAAGAAACUAUUACGAGACUGCACACGCCAUGGGUCCACAAGACGCAGCAGGUGGGUUGGUUAAACAGACUACUGAUAUGGCUGUGUUGAGAGAUCAAGUAGUUAUACAAUCAGCAGAAGAUUUUUACAAUUUUGCUUGUAACACAUUACAAAUUCCAUCUUCAAACACAAAAUGCAGUAAACGAAUUUUCAAAUUCGUCGAAGAAAUACCAAGGAACACGGUAAAGUACUUCCAGCCUGUGAGUCGUGUGAGAACAAUACACCAAAUAAUUUCAACUUGUGGUACACAAAUGACUGUACGUGACCUCUCGUGCUACUGUGACGAAUGCAUAACCGGUAACUAUUCGCAAUGUGAAAACAGGAACAAUGUUGGGCAAAUUGACAACAUAAAGCUAACAAUACAACGUAACACCGCAAACAUUGAGACUGAAUAUAACGGGUACGAACAUACACCUAUCUAUGACUUAGUAAGCAGCGGGGAUGUUAUUGCUGUUAAAGCUGUUGAUACCGAUUAUUACCUUCUGCGUGUUGCACAGGCAAUGUAUACAUUACUGAGUACGGAAACAGAUGAUUUUAGAACUACUUAUGAAGCUGGAACACGGGUGAUCAUGGGAAAUUAUUUCUGUAGAAGAGGACGUUCGAUUCUCAAUUAUAAAAUUGACAAGUUACACAAAGCUUUGGUGCCAGCAUAUUCCGUUGUUUAUAUUUGUUCCGAGCUGAAUUGCAAAAGUGCAGCAACUGUCACAUUGCCAGAAACUGUCCAUAUGUCAAUACUGGCAAGCCUCGAACAAUAAUUAUAAGUAAUAAUAACGUGCAAACUCAAACAAAUUGCGACAUUGUAAUCAUUUGUAUGUUUUAUGCGUUAUUCAUAGUGUAAAUGAAUUUCAAAGUGUGCUUGUGUUAUCAGUAUUAUUGAGUUUAUUUUUCUUUAAAACUUAUAAUUUUAACACCGUCUCAAUAUAUUAUUUAGUAGCCUAAGCAUCGUAAUAAAAUGCUGAUUUCUACUGUAUAUUAAAAGCUUUUUCAAUAUUGUUAUGAAUGUAUUUAUGUUAUGCAUGUCCAUAAUUUGCAAAGGAAACGGUAAUAAACGUAAACAUGCAUGAUAACAACGUUUUUUUGUUCGCAACGUCAGUUUCCGACGUGACGCUUACGCGUUUCACCAGUGAACGUUACGUCUGUAUAUAAAAGAAAUGGUCAUUAUUAUGAUGAAAUGAAUCAUUCAACCUAUACAUACACUAUAUAGUGUGUGUGUGUGUGUGCGUGCGUGCGUGCGUGCGUACGUGCGUGUGUGUGUAACCAUUUAUAAGACUGGUAUACAUAUAAUAAAUGUGUGUUAAAUGCAUCCAAUUUCAAAUACUUGUUCUCAUUUUCAUGGUAAAAGAAGAAAAAACACUUUUUAAAUGAAAUAAAUUGAUAUACGCACUUAGAUAUUUAUUAGUGUUUUGUAACCUUAUACGAUAAACUUUAUACAAGUACCUCUUCCAGGGCCUCCGCGUUUAUUUUCGUCACCUAACUCAAAAAGUGUAACGUUUCUACUUUCAUAGCAUCAAUAAUGCAUUAAUAAUCGCAUUUAAAUGUGUUUCACAACAAAAUACUCGAGUUGGAUUACUUUUUAAAAGUAGCAGAUUUGUACUUUCAAAUUUUAACAAGUUCGGAAAAAUGCAUGGUUCGGAUAGACAGAAAAUACGCAUACAUAUAUACUUCGAACAAGAAUAAAUUAAAUACACAGGUAAAACAUAUACUCCAUGAUUUUCAUUUAACUAGCAUUUAAAUAGUUGUUUAAUGACUAAAUGAUGUUUAGUUUGUUCUUUAAAAAAAUCCGAAUAUUUGGGCACGGAAUGCAUGUUUUCGGACGUCGUUUAUGUCCACAUUUCGUUCAAAAAAAAUAAUAAUAACCAAAUUGAAUUUCUUUUAUUCUUUUUCAACAUCGGUUAAUAAAGGACCCAACAUUGUUCAGUCUUAAUUUCAUGUAUUUAUAUCUUAAGAAAACCUCAAAAUUGAUCUGGAAUUAGGCAACUGCCUAGUACAAGUUACGUUUUAUCCUCAUUGACUUGCAAAUUGACUGCAAAAUUUUCUUAAAAUCGAUGGACUGAAAGCUUUGUAGAAUCAGCCAAAGACGGUUUUAAAGACACCAUAAAUUUAAGUUUGAUUUUAAAGGACUAACACUUAGUCAUAUACAGAGGUGCUAUAUUCAACCCUAUAUUUUGUUUUAGGAAUUUAUCCUCUCAAACUAGAAGGCAAGUAUUGCAGUUAUAUCCACGAUUUAGAUAAGAUCAAAGUAAUUCAUUAGUGUAUAGAUCUGCCCAUCUAACUAUUGAAAGCAUUUGAAAUUAACGAAUAUUCAUUAAAAAAACACCAUUAAAAUCGGGAUGAAAAAUACUGUUAGCAAUCAGCGAUUUAUUACUACUACUACUGUAUUUUGAUACAAUUUUAUGAUGUCCAUUGGUUUAAACAAUAUUUAUUUCAAUAUAAUAUUUACAAUAAGUUUAGUUUAACAAAAUUGAGCAUAAUCAACGUUAACAAAGACCAAAUAUGUAAUGCAUAUAAACAACGAACUUGUUAAUUAUGCACAAAAUAAUGAACAGAUUAUGAGAUAAAAAAUUGAUUUAUGAUAUCUAAAACGUCUUUUCCGUCACAAGUUCACUGCGAGAGCUGAUUUAGUUUACGCCUGUUGAUAUUCUAGCAAAAGUUUUCAACAGUGCAAUAAAACUAUUGUGCAUAUGAUGCUGAACAAGGAACAUCUGGAUCUAAUGAAGAGUAAUCGAUUCUUUUUAAAUUUAAAUCGUUAUGUGUAUCAUAAAGAUAAUGCUAAAACUCCAAUAAGCAUUUGAAAUAGUUAAAAAAAAAGGUUUAAAACUGUGUCUUCAUAUAGUUUCAUAAUAAAAAGCACCACUAUACUAAAUCCCGGAAUAAACAAUGCUCAAUCUUCCAAAACAAAUGAUAACCUUAAGUAAAAUAUUGAUAUAAAGUGACUCUGAAACAUUCUGAGUGAAACAAACGAAUAAAAAACGGUUUUAAAGAUAACUUGAAUCUGCAAUUUUUUAUAUUAAAUCGAUGGACAAGUUCUUAUCUCAAAUUUAAUCUUUAAAAUUUAAAUUAUCUCUAUAUUAGGGUCAGUUGGGACCAAAUCUAGAUCCAGACCCCCAAAAAAUGUAACCACCCUUAUUUAUAGACAAGGGUCCCAACUCCAAAAAUGCCUGUUUUCCCAAAACUUUAAUUAAGGCUAUUUUUUAAAGAACACAUUACGAUAAAUUAAUAAAACUUAUCAUUAUAACAUAGCCAACAAAUGCCUCUACCAAAAACAUUUACCUGAAAAACAUUUGUUCACGCAUAUUUCCACAAUCGUCACACAACCUGAGAAAUAUAGUCCAGUUUUGGUUCGUCCAUCGAGAAGUCGCAACACCAUUUUUCGUCACUAAAUCAGUACUUGACGCUAGUAUCCGGUUUAAUUAUCGAUGCGAUUCGUUAAAACUAUACAUAAAUUGUUAAUCGAACUACGCCUGGUGCACACAUAUGGUCUUAAUCCAACAUACUAACGUAAAAUCGUUUUUCUUUUUAAUACUUUCACCAUCAUUUGAGUUGACAUUUUACUCAGCAUUGCAUCAUCAAAAUAUUUGUAACAAGCUAUUUCAUUGGUUGCUACUGGUUCCCAUCUUGAAGACAUCUGGUAACACAAUAAGCGGUAACAACUGAUUUCAGCUGAGCCGACGUUGGUUCCCGAUUUCGUCAAACCUGUAAUAUUGAGAAACGGUAUAAAGCCAAUUACGCACAUGUACACAUGUAUAUAAACAAUAACAGUGCGUUAUAAUCGUUGCCUCUAGAAUGAAUCAACUUCAACAAGCAGCAAUUGACAUUGCGCUCGAAGGUCAUAACCUUCUUUUGCUAGGAUCAGCGGGUACUGAAUAAUCUUUCGUUGUAAAUGACAUUGCUAAACAACUAAAAGCAAGGGGAAAAACGGUCCAAAUUACUUGUUCAACGGGCAUUGCCUGCAAUUUUUAUAAGGGAAAUGCAUGCACGAUUCACCAGUUCACUGGCAUAUCUGAUGGCCGUUAUGGGCCUACUGAAAAGUGGAUGUUAUUGACAACAUAAACAAGGUUGAUACUGUCAUUCUUGAUAAGUGCUCAAUGAACAAGUGUUUAACACUAUUAUCCAAGUUUUUCAAAUGAA